CUCUCUCUCUCUCUCUCUCUCUCUCUCUCUCUCUCUCUCUCUAAGAUGCCUCUUAGAUUCUGCAGACUAGCCCCAAAACUCACUUCCCGGCGACCCACCACCACCACUACAACCUCUACUUCCCCCUCCGACGUCCCGAUCCCCAACCAUUUUCGUUGCCCAAUCUCCUUAGACCUAAUGAAAGACCCCGUCACCCUCCCCACCGGAAUCACGUACGAUCGCCGAAGCAUUGAGACCUGGCUCGAAGCAGGCAACCUCACGUGUCCCCUCACCAACCAACUCCUCCCACUCCCCCUCGUCGCCGACGGCGGCCUCAUCCCUAACCACACCAUCCGCCGCAUGAUCCAAGAAUGGUGUGUUGCCCACCGCUCCCACGGCAUCGAGCGAAUCCCCACACCCAAAACUCCCAUCACCUCUAUACAAGUUGCGGAGACGCUUUCUGAGAUAUCGGCGGCUUUGCUGAGAGGGGAUGGUCCCCGAUGUUCUGACCUUGUGGCCAAACUCAAAACUUGGUCAAAUGAGAGCGAAAGAAACCGACGGUGCAUUUCGUCAAACGGAGCCGCCGCACGGGUGGUUUCAGAGGUUUUUAAGGAAUUCCCUUCCGAACAGGGUCUGUCGGUACUUGCCGGCAUGCUUCCGCUUAGCGAGGAGGCGAGGAAGCUAUUGUCUUCGACUGAAUCUCUUAACUCCAUUGUUUCUGUGAUGAGGAAUGGUAAUCUGUCAGGUAGGCUUCAUGCCGUUUUGAUGGUGAAAGAAAUUGCUGCAGCCGAUACAGAACAAGCUGCUCAAAUUGCCGCAACUGAUGGCUUAAUCGAGUCAAUUGUGAGGCUUGUCAAGGAGCCAUUUUCGCCACAGGCAACCAAGGCGUCGCUCGUCGCGGCCUAUUACUUGGUCUCCUCAGACGAGAAAGUGGCUUCGAGGUUUGCAGAGAUAGGAUUUGUUACUGUUCUAUUGGACAUGCUUGUUGAUGCUCAGAAGAACUUGUGUGAGAAAGGGCUGGUUGUGAUCGAUGGAGUCUUGAACUCGGAAAUUGGGAGGGAAAAGGCAUCAAGUCAUGCCCUCACAGUGCCGUUGCUCGUGAAGAAGAUGUUCAGGGUGUCGGAUAUCACGACGGAAUUCGCGGUAUCGGCGAUUUGGAAGCUCUGUAAGAAUCAGAAGAAUAAUGUUGGUAGAGAGAAGUGUCUGAAGGAGGCGAUGCAGUUUGGAGCUUUUCAGAAGCUGCUGCUAUUGCUGCAAGUUGGGUGCAGUGACAACACGAAGGAGAAGGCGAGUGAGUUACUGAGAAUGUUGAAUGGGCUCAAAGGUACAGAGGAAUGCAUUGAGACUUCUGAUUUUAAACAGCUUAAGAGGUCAUUUUAAGACUUCUCUCGAGGAUUUAAAUGUUUAGUUCAGAUUGUAUAGAAAUAUAUUAUUUUUUUGUUUCAUAUUCUUUCUAAUAACAGUUGGGGAUGC